GCGGCUGGGGCCCGCGGGGGGGGGGGACGGCCCUGGGAGCAGGGGCUGUGGCGGUGAGUGGGGACCGAGCUGCGGCCGCUGCAGAACUGACAAGAAGGUGUUUUGUUAAAAUUCCUGUGGAAACAAUAUAAUUUCAUCAGGAGAUAAUGGAUGGAGAAGAGAAAACAUACGGCGGGUGUGAGGGCCCAGAUGCUAUGUAUGUAAAAUUGAUAUCUUCUGAUGGUCAUGAAUUUAUUGUGAAAAGGGAGCAUGCUUUAACAUCAGGAACAAUAAAAGCCAUGUUAAGUGGCCCGGGUCAGUUUGCUGAAAAUGAAACCAAUGAGGUUAAUUUUAGAGAAAUUCCAUCACAUGUGCUAUCAAAAGUAUGCAUGUAUUUUACCUACAAGGUUCGCUACACUAACAGCUCUACAGAGAUUCCUGAAUUCCCAAUUGCACCUGAAAUUGCACUGGAAUUGCUGAUGGCUGCGAACUUCCUAGAUUGUUAAAUAAAAUAAAUUAUAAUAAACUGUUAACUUUUUCAGUAUUUAAUAUCCGUAGUUCAGUUAGUAACUUUUUUCAUAUAGCAUGUUGUGUGUGGGGGGUGGUAGUGGUUGAGAACUGUAAAGUUCAUUGCAAAGCAGAUACCUUCAGUCCUUUCUUUUGCAUAGCAGUCAGAGUUGAAAUUGGUUCUUCAAUUUAAAUAAAUUAAGGACAUUUUCACUAAAUGAGAAAUAAACAAAUCUGCCAAUUA